CUCCGCCGCCCCCCGUCCGUCCCGUCCGUCCGUCGGCGGGUGGCGGCUCCCUGGGGUUCUCGCGGCCCCGCUGGCGUUGGCGGAGGGAUCCGUGGGCGGGGCGGGGGAGGGGGCGGAGCGUAACGUGGAGGCUGGCAGGAGUCGGGGCCGGGCGGCCAUCUUGUGCCUGAGCGGUGCUGAGCCCCGUGGGGCCGGGGAGCGGGGCCCGGACCCGAGCAGUAGGCGCCUGCGUGGGGCGGAGCCGGUGUGCGCGGCUCGGACACACGCACGCGCGCGCGCGCACACACACAGCCCCAGACGGACGAACGGCCGGACCGCCCGCCCGAGGACCGCCCGCCCGCCGGGGAGGAAGCCGCCCCGGACCGUAUCCCGCAGCGGGCCGGACCCUCGGCCCACCGCGGCCCACCGGACAGCCCCAACCAUGGCGCUCAAACGGAUCAACAAGGAACUUAGUGAUUUGGCCCGUGAUCCCCCAGCACAGUGUUCUGCAGGUCCAGUUGGGGAUGAUAUGUUUCAUUGGCAAGCCACGAUUAUGGGACCCAACGACAGCCCGUACCAAGGCGGUGUAUUCUUUUUGACAAUUCAUUUUCCCACAGACUACCCUUUCAAACCACCUAAGGUGGCAUUUACAACAAGAAUCUAUCAUCCAAAUAUUAACAGUAAUGGCAGCAUUUGUCUCGAUAUUCUAAGAUCACAAUGGUCUCCUGCUUUAACUAUUUCUAAAGUUCUUUUAUCCAUUUGUUCACUGCUAUGUGAUCCAAACCCAGAUGACCCCCUAGUGCCAGAGAUUGCACGGAUCUAUAAAACAGACAGAGACAAGUACAACAGAAUAUCUCGGGAAUGGACUCAGAAGUAUGCCAUGUGAUGCUACCUUAAAGUCAGAAUAACCUGCAUUAUAGCUGGAAUAAACUUUAAAUUACUGUUCCUUUUUUGAUUUUCUUAUCCGGCUGCUCCCCCUAUCAGACCUCAUCUUUUUUAAUUUUAUUUUUGUUUUGUUUUGUUUACCUCCCUCCAUUCAUGCACAUGCUCAUCUGAGAAGACCUAAGUUCUUCCAGCUUUGGACAAUAACUGCUUUUAGAAACUGUCGAGUAGUUACAAGAGACCAGUUGCCCACGAUUCAGAAUUUUUUUAAAAAAACGGAGCAUGUGUAAUUAUGUGGCCAAUGUCUUCACUCUAAUUUGGUUAUGAGACUAAAACCAUUCCUCACUACUCUAACAAAAGCUGAAGAUACCAUCUGAGGGGAAGGGGAUAGAUGCUCAGUUGUCACAUCCAAAGACGCAACAUUCCCGUAGCUGCAUCCACCUCGUUUAAGCCUAAACCUUCCAGUGUUAGAGAUUUGAGGUCUUUUGAAAUAACUUUAUGCUCAUAACUGGUGUGGCUGGAGAAUUGGUACUGAAUUUAUAGCAUCGGCAGAACAGAAAAACGUGAUGUAUUUUAUGCAUGUCAAUAAAGGAAUGACCUGUUCUUGUUCUACAGAGAAUGGAAAUUGGAAGUCCAUUGUAUUCCAAAAUAGGGUCUUGAACAUUUUUGUAAUUUUCAUUUAAAUUUUGUUAGGAGGCUUGGAGCUAUUAGUUAAUCUAUCUUCCACUACACUGUUUAAUAUAGCACUGAUUAAAAUGAUGCAAGUUGUCAAUGGAUGAGUGAUCAACUAAUAGCUCUUGCUAGUAAUUGAUUUAUUUUUCUUCAAUAAAGUUGCAUAAACCAA